AGCAGAAUGGGCUGUAGUUUAGUGAAAUAGGAAAGCUGCAAAACAGUGUGGAGUGUUCCUAUUGUAAAUAAAAGAAAAAAAAAGUUUCUCAAGUCACAGCUCUACAACCUUGAUCAAGUACUGGCACUGGAGUGUGUGCUUUACAAAAAAACAACACAUUGGACUUUACUGUGCUGCAUUAACCCCCUAUUCCUAUUGUUUGUAUUUUUUUCAAAAUAUGGCAAAGGUUCAGGUGAACAAUGUAGUGGUGUUGGAUAAUCCUUCGCCUUUCUACAAUCCUUUUCAAUUCGAAAUCACGUUUGAAUGCAUAGAGGAUCUGUCUGAAGAGUUGACUUGGGUAAUGGGAUAUGUGGGCUCAUUGAAAAGCAUGGAAUAUGAUCAAGUUUUAGACUCCGUUUUAGUAGGACCUGUUCCUGCAGGAAGGCACAUGUUUGUAUUUCAGGCUGAUGCUCCUAAUCCGGGACUUAUUCCAGAUGCAGAUGCAGUAGGUGUAACAGUUGUGUUAAUUACAUGCACCUACCGAGGCCAAGAAUUUAUUAGAGUCGGCUAUUAUGUAAACAAUGAAUAUACUGAAACAGAAUUGAGAGAGAAUCCUCCAGUAAAACCAGAUUUCUCUAAGCUACAAAGGAAUAUUUUGGCAUCUAACCCCAGAGUCACAAGAUUCCACAUUAACUGGGAGGACAACACUGAAAAACUGGAAGAUGCAGAGAGUAGUAACCAAAAUCUACAGUCACUUCUUUCUACAGAUGCAUUACCUUCAGCAUCAAAGGGAUGGUCAACAUCAGAAAAUUCAUUAAAUGUCAUGUUAGAAUCUCAUAUGGACUGCAUGUGACUGCCAUCGUUUUGAUACUAUACAUGUGUUAAGCUAUAAAAACAACCAGAACUAUUUGCCUGAAAUUCCUUAAGUACAUAGUCAACAAACAACAUGAAGAAAUUGUUUUAAAACAUCCUGUAGAAAGUUUGUAAGAAAAAAAACAGUAUUUGAGCAAAUUGUGGAAUAUAAAUACAACUAUUUUUAAGUAGUUCUUUUUUCUCUAAUGUGUUAUUUUAUUUGCUCUAAACUGAAUCUGAUUAAAGCAUAUAUAUUAUUUUUCUCUUUCUCUGUAAAUACAAUUAAAAACAUAGAAAACAGAAAGUUAAAAAUGCUCAAGCACAGAUGGAAUAGUGAGGACUUUGGCUCAUCGCUAAUAACAAUAAUGCUGAAUACAAUUUCAUUGUCCUUUAAUAACAGGUUGUCUUUCGACAAAAUGCAAAGAAAGGGGGGAAGUGAUCUUUACAAAAUAAUCCUAAAAUGUCCUCUACAGUGAAAAUAGCACAGUACAAUUUUAGGUGCAAAUGUCUAUGCCUUUCAAGGCACAUACUUGUUACUUAAAGCAUGCAAUUUGAGAUCUACCAUCUGCUAUCUGGGAUUUUAGGAUGUGACUUUUUUUAUCUCCUGCUGCUAUUUAGUCGUGUCAUAUAAGUCUGUUAAGAACAAUGUUUCAUUUGGAGUAGGCGGGCACAGCAAAGAACUCUCUUUCAACCAUGCUAAUAGCUUGCACAAUUGGUUGAAAGGUUUCAAGCAAUUACAAAGUUUUUAAACUUCAAAAGGAAUAGCAUGAAUACUUACUAAGAAAAAAACUGCUCCCCGUAGGAUUAUGAUGUUUUAUAAAAGCCUUUUUAUUCAUGUAGUCUGUUUAGAUACUUAAUAACAGGUUGAAGUGCUUCAUCCUACCAUAGCUUCAUAAAACACCUUGGGCUUAAGACAUUUAUGUACACAAUUUUAUUAUUUUUGUAUUGGAUGAAUAUUUCCUCAGUGUACAAUACAAAACUGUAUUUAGGAAGAACUCACUGAGGCUGUAUGCUUGAAGAUGGACUGGAUGGCAUUAGUCACCCUGCUGCCCUGACAGAAUAUGGCCCCAUCUCAUACUAGUAUCCAUUAUGAUGAGUAGAAAAACCUCUGUGAAACAAGUUCAUGUAAGGUGAAGGCCAGAGAAGAGAAAUUAUGUCCACUACGAACAGCUUCUCAAAAUCUUCAGAGAAGUAAUCUUUCCUUUCUUCCAGAACAAUGCAAUAGAGUGCCUGACACUCCUGAUAUCAAUGCUUGAGACAGGUCACCUCUCCAUCCUCACACUCCUAGGCAAAACCAUGCAGCACAUAAACUCCAACAUCACAGAGCACCUGCCAAUAUGGUGGAUUUUUCACAACUGGUCUUCAGGCCAAGGCAAAGUACAGAGUCAGCCCUAGUGACACUAAAACAGAGGGAGCAGCUAGAGGCUCUCUCUCUCAGUCCUGAUGCUACCUGACCUCUAUGCAACUUUAAUUACAGCUAACCUGAUACAUGACAGCUUGAGUGGACAAGGCAGGGCUACAAAUCUAGCACCGAAAAGUGAUAACAGGAUAACCUACUCUUCCCACCAACUAGCCCUCAUCUGUAGAGUCCCAGGGGGAUCUAUGCUAUGUCCCCCUCUCUCCUCAGUAUCUACAUGGGACACCAAUAAAUCAAUGACACCUUGUUGUGCAUUUCUGGAUGCAGCUAAUCACCAUCACAAGGAUGUCAUAUGCCUCAUAGAAAUGACUUGUAUGAAAAGGAGUUAUCCUAGCAGACAAGGUAGCAUUGCUGAUGUAUAACUCCCUCUUUUACCUUUCAGUUCGCUAGGAAACUUUGUCCCUAUCUCCUAGGUAAAAAUAUGAUCAUAUCCACACAUGUGUCAUCUUCAGACUGAAAAGAACACAGCUCACUGUAUUUGGAUCUAAAGAUAGCAGGAAGGUGGAGGCCCCAAAUCAUACCUAAUAUGGUUACUCUCACUCCCAUUGUAAUAAGCUGCUGUGAUCCAAAUACUCCACUAGUUUGCACGGACAAUUCAAGACCUUAAUCAUGAUCUUCAAUGUCAUUGGUAGAUCAAGACCAGCUACAUUAUAUAUUACAUCUGCAUUCAUAACCUACUCAGACAACUUUUAUGUAGCACAAUGUACCUCAAAAACCCCAUAAAGAAUGUGUGAGCUUGGGGACACCAUAUUCUGGUGCACAGGUAGAGCUCUGCACUGUCACAAAAUCUGUCUGCGUCUCUAUCUGCACAAAUGAGCUGCAGAUAUCUGCAUCCAUAUGUGCAGAUUAAGGAUGUUAGAUUUUGAUAAAUCAGCUAUUUGAGUAGUCAAUGGAAUUUCCAUCGACUACUAGAUUAGGCAAUAAAGAGGGCGCACCCUAUCCCGCUGCACCUCUCCCUUUGAAAUGCCCAAGAGUCGCUUGUGGCGCUUG